AUGGAAAUCAAUCUCCCACUUGCUGAAGUAUUGGAGCAAAUGCCCUUAUAUGUAAAAUUUCUCAAGGAACUCAUUAACAAGAAGAGAAGCUGGAAUGAGAAGGAGACCGUGAUCUUGACACAAGAAUGCAGUGCAGUAAUUCAAAAGGGUCUCCCACCAAAACUCAAGGAUCCUAGAAGCUUCUUUUUGCCUUGCACUAUUGACAACAUGUCCAUUGAUAAGGCACUGUGUGAUCUAAGAUCAAGUAUCAAUCUGAUGCCUUUAUCUACGAUGAGAAGGUUGUCUAUAGAAGAAGAAAAGCCUAUAAGGAUGUCCUUGCAACUUGCUGAUAGAUCAAUGGUAAUCCCCAAUGGAGUGGUUAAGAAUCUCUUAGUCAAGGUGGGAAAGUUCAUAUUUCCAGCGGAUUUUGUGAUUCUGGAUCUAGAUGAAGAGGGAGGCGAUUCUAUCAUAUUAGGAAGCCUUUCCUAA